GCAUCGAGCAAUCAGCGCCAAGUGUCUGCCAAGUGGCACCAAAUGGCGCGAACAUAUCGCCCUUUGGCGCAAACAAUCCGCCUAUUGGAACCCACUGCGCCAAAUAAAUCCAACAGAGGCGGAUAGCCCGCCAAAGCGCGCCAAAUGGCACCCGAUUGGUAACUACUUCGCGCCAAAUGCCACCUGGUUGCCCGCCAUUCGGCGCCACUUGCCGCCUAUAAAAGCAGGGCGGCAUCGCAGGACUUCCUCACACAACUUUCAAGAUUCGACUCGACAACACCUCCAAACAGUUUUUCCUUCACAAUUUCUACAAGAUUUCACACAAUUGUCAACGAAGAUGCAGCUGAGGAGGGUCUGAACCAGAACGCCGAUGGCCGGUAUUUAUAUAGUCGGCAGGUAGCGCCAAGCAAGUUCAAACCAAUUUGGCGACCUUUGGCACAAACUAAUCACCAAGUGGCGCAAAGUAGCCGUCUAUUUAGCGAGAAUGGCGCCAACAGGGUGAAUUUUGGAAUCAAAUGGCCGUGUAAUGGCGCGAACUGGCGCAAACUGGCGCAACAUUUUGGAGCAAGCCGGAUGGCAUUUGGCGCACUGAAGUCAAAUAAAAAGCAUAAGUUGUGAUGCUAAUCUGAUCUACAGAAACUCAUACAUCUGUUUUGGGACAACUUUAUUUCUUGGACUGAAAGUUACUUAAACUUAGAGAUUUCAUUGACAUUACUUUCAACCAUACUGAAGGCCAAGUCACACUGCUGAUAACGAGAACGACAACGAUAUCGUCGAAUAGAGAACGCAUUGUAUUGGUUGAAUGGCUCCCAUUGAUUGCUCCACGCAGAAUACGGCCAAGUUUAUUCAACCAAUCGAGGGAGUGCAUUUUUAUCGUCCAUGACAUGGGGUCUAAGUGCGAUUGUCCAUGUGUUUCAAUGAAGGUGUAUGUCAGCUUUCUGGCACUACGUUCACCUGCCAGUGCGCGACUGGAUUCACUGGACAAUUUUGUCAAACGGCUGUCACUGAUGACCACCAGGCACCCAAAGUAAUAGGCUGUCCUGAUUCAAUCAAUGUCAACUUGGCACAAGGCAAUAGUGAUGUGGUUGUCACAUGGACUGAGCCAUCUACUUCUGAAACCAUUGGAGUAUCUAUGACUAAGACUCACCAACCUGGAUCAAUAUUCACCGAUGGAGUUACUACAGUGCUAUACACCUUCACUGAUCAGGCUGGCAAUUCAACAAUAUGUACAUUCAAUGUCACAGUGUCCACUGAUGACCACCAGGCACCCAAAGUAAUAGGUUGUCCUGAUUCAAUCAAUGUCAACUUGCCACAAGGCAAUAGUGAUGUGGUUGUCACAUGGACUGAGCCAUCUACUUCUGAAACCAUUGGAGUAUCUAUGACUAAGACUCACCAACCUGGAUCAAUAUUCACCGAUGGAGUUACUACAGUGCUAUACACCUUCACUGAUCAGGCUGGCAAUUCAACAAUCUGUACCUUCAAUGUCACAGUGUCCACCACGAUUGGAGGUGCUCCAACAGAAUCGUUUACACGUACAUUUAUCAUCUGCGUGAUCAUCUUUGUCAUCGUUCUUCUGUUUGGGUGCAUGUAUUAUUACUUUCUCAGAUAUCGAAAGAGAAAACACCAGCAUUCAAAACCACAAGAAGUACCAGCGCGGGACCAGCAAAUGACCAGUUACAAAAAUGAAGUAACACCAGACGAUGUCGUUCACACAACUGCACUUGACUCUGUGCCUGUUGUUCAUCAGAACCACGCCUCUGCAUAUGAGCCAGUUCGAGAUGUUCACUUAUCUCCAACCUACGAAUAUGUUAGUUUACCUACAUGGGCAGAACCAUGGAAUGUAUUGUGGGAUAACUUUAUUGUAGGAACAAAAGUACUAAGGAAGGGGCAGUUUGGUGAGGUGUUGUACGGUGGAGUAAUGAUUGCUGGAGAACUCUGCAAGGCUGCAAUCAAGAAGCUGCAAGAACAUGCCUCCCCAGCCGAGAGAAAGAUCUUCCUUGAUGAAUUUCUGUCCAUGACCAAGAUUGGACAGCAUCCAAACAUUGUCAUGCUUCUUGGUGCGUGUCAACACGAAGGUGAAUUAUACGUGGCCACGGAGUAUCUUCCCAAUGGUGACCUUCGUUCCUACCUCAGGAAUGCUCGAUCAAUGGAUAGUGAAGCUUCUAUUUCUUCUGACUUGCUCCAGUUUGCUUUGGAUGUCGCUAAAGGAAUGCAACACCUUGCUGCGACAGGAGUGAUUCACCGAGAUUUGGCAGCAAGAAAUAUCCUUCUGGAUGAAAAUCUGGUGGCAAAGAUUUCUGAUUAUGGUUUAUCACGAGGAGAAGAUACCUAUGUGCAGACGUCAAAGACUCGUGUUCCUGCACGCUGGUUGUCUUUGGAGUCCUUGGUCAGCAAGACUUACACUACAAAGAGUGACGUAUGGUCUUACGGAAUCCUCCUCUGGGAGAUUGCAACUGUUGGUGGAACACCAUACCCGGGCAUACAAACUGGUGUCCUAGCGUCCAAAUUGAAGAAUGGAUAUCGCAUGCCUAAACCGAUCAACUGCGAUGUCAAGAUCUACGACGUGAUGCUGAAAUGCUGGCGGGAAAAACCAAACGAGCGUCCUUCCUUCAAGAACAUCGUGUCCGUUCUUACCACAAUGACCGAGAACCAAGAUGAUCAGAUAUACAUGAGCCUUCUACCAAGAUCCGAAGAGCACGUCGUGAACAUAAACCCAGAGUUUGGCGACAACUAGCGUUUGUUACGGAGGGCGUAUUCAUCAGAAGCAUUUUGAGGAUUGGGACACAUGUUUUUUUGUCGAGCUUCAUAGGUUUUUAAGAAAGUGUACACAGUUGAAAACUUUCUUUUCAGUGUAUCUUUCAGGUCUCUGUAAGCCUGAACCUCUUUCUGUAGUUCUGUAACUGUUGUCAAAGCUCUCUUAUAAUGAGGUUCAUAAUUGCUCUUCAUGUAGGGAGAUUUUCGCUGGCAACGGAUAGCUGAAUCAAAAUGGUCGCAGUCGUAUAAGUAUAAUUUGGAGAGCAAUAAUAGCAAUUUACUCAAACAAGUAAGACGUUUGUCUAGCACUGUAAAUAAAUUACUUAAUGUUAUAAAACUGUUAUGUUUACUCGAGAAAUAUAAGCGAUACAUAAGUAUAUUUAUAUAAAUGUAUUUUUUAAUUCCUGCAUUUUUGUUUUAUGAAAUCAUAUGCAAAAAAACGUAUUUUACUGAUAUACGCAUGCGUGCAUGUAAUUUGCAGAAUAUUUUGUGGGAAGUGCUAUUUGCGGAAAAACAGGUGGCCAGUCAACGUGUUGACACAGUGCCUAAACCCCCGCCCCACCUCCAUUAAUACCAACAAACUGCUUGAGCAAUGAUUACAAACAAGAAUUAAAAUUACGUCAUACUAUUGUAACACUCGAAGAAAAAAAAAGCAAGUGGCAUUUAAGAACUUGGCAGUAUUCACGGUGGGGUGGG